CUGCCAAUUAUUGCCCAGCAAUUCUUUUUCGUCAUUAAAUCAAUGUCCAAAUAUGCUUUCCCCGCAAUCACCCCAAAAGUUCUUUUUCCGGUUUGCGCAGUUUGCCGCGGUCAAUUUUCACUGCAGCUCCUAGCUCUCAAAGUACUUUUUCCGGUUGAAACCGCAGUUAUCUAAAAGCGAGGAGCAGAGGAACAAGGACUGAAUUUAUUACAGUUAAUUACGGGUUUCAAGAUGACUGAACUGAAAGAAGAGUCCAUGUCAUCAGAGGCUUUGGACAGACAUGAAUCACAAUUGCUAUUAGAAGCCCAGAACUGCUCAAAACAUGAAAGCAUUGAUAGCUCAGCAAGGAUUACCUUAGUUCAGAAGGUCAACGUGAGGAAGGAUACAAUCGCGGCAGUGUUGUCAACCAAGGCAGCAUGGACCCUACCACCAGAUGCCACAGAGGCACAGAAGGCAGCGAAGGAGACCCAGAUGAAAAUGUUGAGGCAGAUCGCCAACAAAGCAGAUUCUGAUUACUUGCAUUUCCUCGUCAAGUUCCAAUACGGAGAGGAAGGCACUGGUUUACUGCCAUCUUCGGAUUCAUUCUCAUUAGUUCCACCUGAAAUGAAAAAGAAGCUGGAGAACAUGAAACAAGAAAGGUUGAAGCUGAAGAGAAAGGAUCCUAUAGAUUCCGACAGAAGACAGGAUUAUGUUCCCAGAGCCCGAGAAACUUACGGUCAGGCUCGCUACAAGUUCCCUCAAAGAGGUAGGGGAAACCUUUAUGCAAGUCCAUACCCCUCUCCUUACCUUCAUAACUCAGGCUUCGACAACACAACUGGUCUCCCAGCGGCAAGUUUUUCAGAAGGAUGGGCCCCUCCAUCUUACCCAGGGGGAUUCAUCCAUUCCGUGCCAGCAGGAACCCCUCUGAACUUCAACCAGUUCGGAACAGGUUCAAACCAGGGAGCAUACGGUUCAAGAUACGCACCCGGAGGUUCGCCGUUCAAACAAUCUCAAUGGUAUCCAGGUUCUUCAUCCAUCCAGUAUCCAGAGCAGCCUCAACCUAGCUACGAUAGUCGCGACAUUCAGGAGAGGAAAAAGAAUUCAAAAUGCAGAAAGUGCGACGCGUACGGCCACUGGCAUUCAGAUGGUCUUUGCAAACAAGCGGACAUCGACGCAAAGAUCGCAAGACUUCGCAUCAGGGAUGAACAAUACCAUCAAGCCGCCAAGGAAGCCGCUCUCCAGCUCACCCAUUUCUCACCUUCGAAAGGAAAUUAAAUUAUUCAUUAACUGGAUUUAGAAGAAAGAUGAGUGGCCAGAUUUUCAGUAUUUAAUUUUCAAUAUAGAUAAAUAAUUCAUCAGACACGAAUUUCGUCAACAUGCUCUUUUCAAAUAUUAGUUGCCUUUCUUUAUUUAUAAUGAAGCCCAGAAAAGUAAUUUGAUUUAGCCGAUCAAAAUUCCAGUGUUUUGUUUUCUUGACAGUUUCGAUCUCUCAGAGAAAUUAUAUGUGAUACUUAUCUUGUCAGAUUUCAAUUGUGCCAAAUAAUCAACGUCGCUAUGUACCUGUGCCACCAUAAAUAUAGUUAUAAAAUAAA